AAAGCGCGGGGAGGCGGGCCUGCCUCACUGUCACCAUCUCGCGACACUUUAAGUGACGUCGCACAACAAGCGCGCGUUCUAGGCUUUCACCUUCACUCAAUGUGUGCCUACCCCUUUAAGCACGCGAUGGACAGUUAUUUCAGCCUAUCAGCUUCAUUGUCAAUCUCCAAUCAGAUUUAAACUUCUUUCAGCCGCCGUAGAAGUUGGAAGAAAGGGGUCAAGAGAGGGGGAGAGCGCGCGCGCGAAAGCUCUCCGUCUCUCGUAAGGUCGGUAUGAGCUGCACUCUCAAGAAAAAAACGCCCGGACGGAUGACCUAACUUCCCAAAUAUUGGAUUAAAGGACUGGGUCACAAACCAAUGAAAGGGAUGAGGAGGUGGGAUCGUUGCCUUCACCGUGCAAGAAGUACCGUUACAGGGUAGACUUUUUGUCCAAUCAACGCCUCCGGACUUCGGGUCAGGUGGCCAUAAAGUGCGAGGGGCGGAGCUACAGCCUGGCGCGAGGAACCGUUAAGAUAGACAACAAAUAUAACCAAUAAGGUGCUCUGAUUCGGGCGUUGGGCACCCAAUAAAAGUGGCUGGGCGGGCGCCUUCCUCGAGCGCGGGGAGAUGUAAAGACAGACAAAUACUUUUCCCAAUGAGACUGUGGAAGAGCGAGCUAAUUGACCAAUGAGGUCUGCGGGGCGGGAUCCCUUGCCGCGGCGGAGUCCAAGAUGGCGGCGUGCGGUUCCGCUGUGUGAAACGAGCGCGGGGCAGCGGGUUAGUCAGCUCCGCGGAGACGACCUCCGACGACCCGCGACAAUGAAAGGAAAAGAGCGCUCGCCAGUCAAGCCCAAACGCUCCCGUGGUGGUGAGGACUCGACUUCUCGCGGGGAGCGGAGCAAGAAGUUAGGGGGCUCUGGUGGCAGCAAUGGGAGCAGUAGCGGGAAGACGGACAGCGGCGGCGGGUCGCGGCGGAGCCUUCACCUGGACAAGUCCAGCAGCCGAGGUGGCAGCCGCGAGUAUGACACUGGCGGGGGCAGCUCCAGUAGCCGCUUGCAUAGUUACAGCUCCCCAAGCACCAAAAAUUCCUCGGGCGGGGGCGAGUCGCGCAGCAGCUCCCGGGGUGGAGGCGGGGAGUCACGGUCUUCGGGGGCCGCCUCCUCCGCUCCUGGCGGGGACGGCGGGGAGUACAAGACUCUGAAGAUAAGCGAGUUGGGGUCCCAGCUGAGUGACGAAGCGGUGGAGGACGGAUUGUUUCACGAGUUCAAACGCUUCGGUGAUGUAAGUGUCAAAAUCAGUCAUCUCUCAGGUUCUGGCAGCGGGGAUGAACGGGUAGCCUUUGUGAACUUCCGGCGGCCAGAGGACGCGCGGGCGGCCAAGCAUGCUAGAGGCCGCCUGGUGCUCUAUGACCGGCCCCUGAAGAUAGAAGCUGUGUAUGUGAGCCGGCGCCGCAGCCGCUCCCCUUUAGACAAAGAUACUUAUCCUCCGUCCUCCAGCGUGGUCGGAGCCUCUGUAGGUGGUCACCGGCACCCCCCUGGAGGCGGUGGAGGCCAGAGAUCACUGUCCCCUGGCGGUGCUGCUUUGGGAUACAGAGACUACCGGUUGCAGCAGUUGGCUCUCGGCCGCCUGCCCCCUCCACCUCCGCCACCAUUGCCCCGAGAGCUGGAGCGAGAACGCGAUUACCCGUUCUAUGAGAGAGUGCGCCCAGCAUAUAGUCUUGAGCCAAGGGUGGGAGCUGGAGCGAGUGCCGCUCCUUUCCGAGAAGUGGAUGAGAUUUCACCUGAGGAUGAUCAGCGGGCUAACCGGACGCUUUUCUUGGGCAACCUAGACAUUACUGUGACCGAGAAUGAUCUAAGAAGGGCUUUUGAUCGCUUUGGAGUCAUUACAGAAGUAGACAUCAAGAGGCCUUCUCGUGGCCAGACCAGUACCUAUGGCUUUCUCAAAUUUGAGAACCUAGACAUGUCUCACCGGGCCAAACUAGCAAUGUCUGGCAAGAUUAUAAUUCGGAAUCCUAUCAAAAUUGGUUAUGGUAAAGCUACACCUACCACCCGCCUUUGGGUCGGUGGCCUGGGACCCUGGGUGCCUCUUGCUGCCCUGGCACGAGAAUUUGACCGAUUUGGCACCAUACGCACGAUAGACUACAGGAAAGGUGAUAGCUGGGCAUAUAUCCAGUAUGAAAGCUUGGAUGCAGCUCAUGCUGCCUGGACCCAUAUGCGGGGAUUCCCACUUGGUGGCCCAGAUCGUCGUCUUAGAGUAGACUUUGCAGACACGGAGCAUCGUUACCAGCAGCAGUAUCUGCAGCCUCUGCCCUUGACUCAUUAUGAACUGGUGACAGAUGCUUUUGGACAUCGGGCACCUGAUCCUUUGAGGGGUGCUCGGGAUAGAACACCACCUCCAUUAUACAGAGAUCGUGACAGGGACCUUUAUUCUGAUUCUGACUGGGUGCCACCCCUGCCCCCAGUCCGAGAGCGUAGCACUCGGACUGCUGCUACUGCUGUGACUGCUUAUGAGUCACUGGAUAGCUUGGAUAGAAGGCGAGAUGGCUGGUCCUUGGACCGGGAUAGAGGCGAUCGAGAUCUGCCCAGCAGCAGAGACCAGCCCAGGAAGCGGCGGUUGCCUGAGGAGAGUGGCAUACGGCAUCUGGAUAGGUCCCCGGAGAGUGACCGGCCACGGAAACGUCACUGUGCACCUUCUCCUGACCGUAGUCCAGAACUGAGCAGUAGCCGGGAUCGUUACAAUAGUGACAAUGAUCGAUCUUCCCGUCUUCUCUUGGAAAGGCCCUCUCCAAUCAGAGACAGGCGAGGUAGUUUGGAGAAGAGCCAGGGUGACAAGCGAGACCGGAAAAACUCUGCAUCAGCUGAACGGGAUAGGAAGCACCGGACAGCUGCUCCCACUGAGGGAAAAAGCCCUCUGAAAAAAGAAGACCGGUCUGAUGGGAGUGUCCCCAGUGCCAGCACUGCUUCAUUGAAGCUGAAGUCCCCUUCCCAGAAACAGGAUGGGGGAUCAGCCCCUGCUGCAGCAGCCUCUCCCAAGCUCUGUUUGGCCUGGCAGGGCAUGCUUCUGCUGAAGAACAGCAACUUUCCUUCCAACAUGCAUCUGUUGCAGGGUGACCUCCAAGUGGCUAGCAGUCUUCUCGUGGAGGGUUCAACUGGAGGCAAGGUAGCCCAGCUCAAGAUCACACAGCGUCUUCGUUUGGACCAGCCCAAAUUGGAUGAAGUAACUCGACGCAUCAAAGUGGCAGGGCCCAAUGGUUAUGCCAUUCUUCUGGCUGUACCUGGAAGUUCUGACAGCAGAUCCUCCUCUUCCUCAGCCACAUCGGACACUGCCACCUCUACUCAGAGGCCACUUAGGAACCUUGUGUCCUAUUUAAAGCAAAAGCAGGCAGCUGGGGUGAUCAGCCUCCCUGUUGGGGGCAACAAAGACAAGGAAAACACCGGGGUCCUUCAUGCCUUCCCGCCUUGUGAGUUCUCCCAGCAGUUCCUGGAUUCCCCUGCCAAGGCACUGGCCAAAUCUGAAGAAGAUUACCUGGUCAUGAUCAUUGUCCGUGCAAAACUGGUGAACAGCGGAUGAAGAUAUGGAAUUCAAAGCUCUAAUGGACCUUUUUGAAGAGAAGUUGUAGCUUAUGUGGAGUUUACAUGGGCCUCUGAUGGAAGAAAGCUAAUCUGUUUAGUAUUUGUGCAUUUUACUAAAAUGGCAGCUUAACGUUGUGUAUCUGCUAUUGUGAUGCCAAUGCCGGUGUUUUAAGUGGAAAAAAAAUGACCUCUUUGCUUUGUGCUGUGUACACAAGAUUUCUGGAAAAGUAAAGAAAAACCCUUUUUAUGGCUCACACAGCUUAAAAGUAGCUGUCACUCAAACGUGCGCUCACAGUUGAGCUGCUUUUGUUUUAUUCUAAAUAAAUUGUUUCUUUUGAGGAAAAUGUUUUUCUGCCUGGAAGUGAAUUGACGGCAAACCUUGACCCCUUUGUUUGCAGCCGAGGGGGUACUUGCUGCUGCUCAGAUCUUGUAUGUCUUGAGCAAGAAGCAGGGAGGAGACCAUCAAUUUCAUUUUGACUAUCACUGUGUGUCAAUUCUGAAGGAUCACUAGUGUUACCGUGGCCCCCUUUGUUUGCAGUGAAGGGGAUCCUUUGCUUCUCGGUCCUCAACGUGAUGAGGAAAUGGUGCUGUUGGCUGGCACACAAGAAGCCGGGGCAAGCACCCUAAGCCUCACCACAGUGCACGAGUCGGGGGCUUUGCUGGUUUGAAGAGCUGGAGUUGCUGAAUUUAAGUUUUGAUUUAUUUUGUUCACCCAUCACGUUUGGCCUUAGUUUCAUUUUUAAUUUGAAGAAAAGUUUGAAAUUGCUUUAUCUUGCACUUUUAACACUUGCACCAAAUUGCCAAAAGAAGGAGAAAUACUCCGUUUGCUUUUUAAAUGUUAAUGAUGAUGUUAAUAAAGCCUUUCCUGACACA